UCCGACUACCAAUAGCCCAAUUAGUCCAUAUUACAAAUGGCCCAUAAUUAGUCCGUCGUUGGCCUCCGAACGUGCUGUUCUGAGUUCCCAAUUUCGUCAAGGUUCCACAAUUCUUCUGCUGCAGAAUGCGGACAAUAGCAGCGCGAUUCAGCCCUUAUUUAUGGAGGAGAACGCCUAUAAAUUCACAACCCCGACGUUUUUCUACUUCCAGCUUUGGGAGAGAUGAACAGUCAAUAGAACAAGAAGCUGAAAUAAAAGUAGGGUGGCUUUUAAAAUUAAUUUUUGCUGGGACUGCUACAGUUAUUGGGUAUCAAAUUUUCCCAUACAUGGGAGACAAUCUGAUGCAGCAGUCUGUUUCACUUCUACAAGUCAAGGAUCCCUUAUUUAAAAGAAUGGGUGCGUCCAGAUUAGCUCGUUUUGCUAUAGAUGACGAAAGAAGGAUGAAAAUAGUUGAGAUUGGUGGGGCUCAACAUCUGUUGAACAUGUUAGAGUCUGCCAGAGAUGAUCGCACGAGGAAGGAAGCCUUGAAGGCUCUUUUUGCAAUAUCCAAAUCAGAUGCGGCUGCUGUGGUCUUACAUCAAGCUGGAGCCAUAUCAAUCAUCAAAUCCACCCUAGAGUCUGGUGAGGAUGCUGAAGUUGGGAACUACAAGUCAAAUUUGCUGAGUAGAUUUCAAGAUUUAUCAUAUGAUAUAAGGUCUUGAGACUACUAUUAUCUGGUCUGAGAUUCCUGUCACUUUCUUAGAAGUUGGCCACAACGUCUUUAGGUAGAUGUUUUAUUAGAUUGCUGGCUAGCACUUUUUUUUCUGAAAAAAAUUGAGAGAAUAUGUGCAUGGCUGUAACAAGUCCACUAGAAAGCCAUGAUUAUGUUUAGUGAAAGCUCCCUUGUUUAAUGGGAUCUUAAACAUUGCUAACGAGUGAGUUUAGCUAUAAUGUUGUAACUUCUUCCAGGGGUAUCAGAAUGGAAAAAUAAUCCGUAUUCCCAAUGCAAAGUUUCCAUUAUGCAGUGUCCUACAAUUUGUAUUGUCAGGGGUAAUACUUUUGGCUUCCCUAAUUAUGUUUUGGGAGCCAGAUUAUAAAUAAAAGCAAAAGGACGCUUGUUGGCUUUGUUUCUUCAUA